AUGGACUCUGAAACUGAUGCAGCGGCGAAUGCCGCUGGGGAUGCUACUGCUCCCCUCGAAGAAGGAGCUGCCAGCAGCAGCAGCAGCAGCAGCGGCAGCGACAACAACAAUAGCAGCAGCAACGACAGCUCCUGCAGCAACGACAGCUCCUGCAGCAACGACAGCUCCAGCAGCAACGACAGCUCCAGCAGCAACAGCAGCAGCAGCAGCAGCAGCUAUGGUGUGCGAACUCGGAGUGCUAUGGCACGGGAGGCCGAACAGCAGCAACAAGCUGCUGACAGCAGCAGCAGCACGGCAACCGCUGCAGUUGCUCCGAGCAAUAGCAGCAGCAACAACAGCAGCGGCAGUAGAAACAGCAGCAGGAGCAGCAGCAGAAGAAGCAGCGUGGACAACGAUGCUAAAGGAAGCAGCUCCCCCUGUGCUGAUAACUGUCCCACCGACAACAGCAACAGCAGCAACAGCAACAGCAGCAGCAGCAGCAGCGAAGACAGUAAUGCUAGCAGCAAUGAGGUACUGACGGCCGAAAGCAGCAACAACGAAAACAGCAGCAGCAGCGGCAGCAGCAGCAGCGGCAGCAGCAGCAGCGGCAGCAGCAGCAGCGGCAGCAGCAGCAAUGAGAGCAGCAGCAGCAUACAUAUCGACAGCAACAGCAGCAAUAACAGCAGCAACAUUGGGGGCACUAACGGCGUCGCUGUGGACAAGGAAUCCAGUGGCAACAACAGCAGCAAUAGUAGCAGCAGCAACAGCAGCAGCAGCAACAGCAGCAACAGCAACAGCAGCAACAACAGCAGCAGCAACAACAGCAGCAGCAACAGCAGCAGCAGCAGUACCAGCAGCAGAAUUGGCAAGUUCCUUCUUUCUGCCCCCCGCAUAUCAUUGGGGUUGUUAGGUUUGGGCAGGGCUUCACGGCAACCUGCUGCUGCUGCUGCUGCUGCUGCUGCUGACACAGCAAGCAAAGGUGCAGCAGCAGGAGCAGCAGCAGCAGCACCCGGGGAUAUCCCUGAGGCAUUUCGUCAUCUCUCUUUAGGCCGGCAUGUGCCCAAGCCGCUGCUGGAGCCCGUCAGCAGCAGCAGCAGCAGCAGCAGCAGCAGCAGCAAAAAGAGCAGCAGCAGCAGCAGCAGCAAAGAGGACUCAUCAGAGCGUGCCCCCUACCUGGAUACUGCAACAGCACCUGGCGUAGUCCGACUAACCCCUUUGCAGCCUGCAGCAGCAGCAACAAGCAGCAGCAGCAGCAGCAGCAGCAGCAGCAGGAAUGGUAUACGUGAUGAGAAGAAAGUAAUAGAGAUGGUAGCCAAGGGUAAGACACCACCAGCAGCAACAGCAGCAUUGCUGCAGCGUGGCUGCUGCAUGCAUGCAGCAUCUGUAUGUACAGACACCUCAUUGCUGCAGAAAGGAGAGAAGGAGAAAAGGCAGCAGCAGCAGCAGCAGCAAUUAGAUAAAUGGUAUAAUAUGCCAUUAACUGAGGUGUCUCCGCAGCUCAUGAGGGAGCUGCAGGUGCUGCAGCUGCAUGCGCAUGCAGACCCAAAGAAUAUAUUAGGCAGGCGUAGGGGUCCUAUAGUACCUAUACAGAAGCUUAAGCCUAACAGCAGCAGCAGCAGCAGCAGCAGCAGCAGCAGCAGCAUAAGGGGGGCACCACGUCUUGCUGCCUAUAUGCAGGUAUGCCGUGUUGUAGGGGGAGGGGAAGUCUGUGCUGCAGGAGGAGGGAAGGAAUCACAAGCAGCAGGAACAGCAAAUAGGAGCAGCAGCAGCAGCAGCAGGAAGCGCAGCAACAGCAACUCGCUGCUGCAUGCACUACUCAGCAGCAACGAAGUUAACCAAUGCAGCAGCAGCAGUAGCAGCAAUAGCAGCAGCAGUAGUAGCAGCAAUAGCAGCAGCAGUAGUAGCAGCAAUAGGAGUAGUACUAACACCAGCGACAGCAGCAGCAGCAGCAGCAGCAAUAGCAGCAGCAGCAGACAAAGAAAGAAAUGA